AUGGAAGGGAGGACGGAAGGAGUCCAGCACAGCAGGAGUGCCUCCAUUGUGGGGGCCUUCCCCAGGAGGGUGAUGAGCGCCUGCGGGAUCGACCAAAGGGCCCCUCUGGAGGGUGAAGUCGUCCAUGCUGCCAGCGCUGCGGCGGGCGCCUGCAGGUCCAGGACAGGUGCGCACUCCAGGAGGGAGGAAGGCGGCGAUGAGCGCGGCUCCAGGGAGGCCGGGGAGGUCCGAUCCCGGGCCCGCCGCUCUGCAACUGCAGGAUUGGGCUGCCACUCAAAGAGAUUAUAUAUUAUUUCCAGUCGUACAGCAAAGCAAUUACUUGUGGCUAUUGAAGAGUCUAGUUGCUUGUGCUACCAGCUGUGUGGGCCUGCCCGCUCCUGCUGCCUGCGACUCUAUGACCAGAACAGAGAAGAAGUACUAAGACUGUGUAGACCCUACCGGGUGGAUGUGUGCUGCUUGUUCUGCUGCCUUAUGGUCAUCAGAGUAUUCUCCAAGUCUAAUGCUCUCCUAGGCUUUGUCCAGCAGAGAUGGAGCUUGUUUAGCCUAAGUCUCUCAGUGCAUGACUCGGACGGAAAGAGAACAAUGGAGAUCCAAGGUCCCUGGAGUGCGGCACGCUGUCACUCUGACCAGGAGUUCCAGGUGACAUCAGUGGAUGGUCAGAAGAUUGCUAUCAUAUGGAAGAGGUGGCCAGGAUUUAAUGAAGAUUAUAACAUGGAUCAUGACUUCUUUGGUCUUGACAUUUUAGCUUCGAUCAGUCCAACAGACAAGGCUCUUCUUCUGUCAGCGACAUUUCUGCUGAAUUACAUGUUUUUCGAGAUGAGCUGAAAGGGAUGUAGAAGAAUGGAAAAGACAUUUAAAGAGAUGCAGAUACUGCACAAAAUUGUAAUAAACCCUCAUGCUUCAUCCUGCCAGGCAUACCUGUAACUGCCCAUAUUGUAGACGAAAAUGUAUUGGACAAAACCUAUGGCAACAUAGGACCCUAUCAUAGAAACGUUGGAGGUCCAAAAUGCAGAUAGUCAUAUACCUGUACAACACACCAAUCUAAAUGAAGCCUAAGGGCUCAUCACAUGCAUGGGGCAAUGAUCGGUAAAGAGCCGCUCAUUCACCAUCAGCUGUAUUUACACGCAGCAAUCAUCCCCUCCUUAUGAGGACUGAUGAUGGCUACUGCAAUCCUACAUACUGAUACAGAUUCAUUGAUUGCCAGCAGCACAUCUCUGAUUAAAUGGCGAUGAGCUUCCAAAUU